AACAAACACUGAACAAAGUUGCCGUUGAUAUUAGAUUCAAUCAGUUACUUUCGAGUUGUUGGUUGGUUCAGAUCGUUCUGCUGCUCAUACAGUUUCGCGGUUGCAUUGUGAAGAUCAAGUGAAAAUUCUUUAGCAAACAACAUGGGAGGACUGGACAAGUUAAUACCAUGCACAGUUCAAGUGGCUAAAAUGAUCCAAAAAUCCGGCUGUGAUGUCCUCUGCAUCAUUGACCGUCAAAUUCCCAGUGAAUUGGUUGAACAGUUCAAUGAAUUCCGUUCAUUCGAUAAGGCAUUUGACAGUGUGGUCUCCUGCUUCAAGUCCCAAAAAUUGAAUUUGCCAGUGGUCUAUUCACCAGUACCCGAAUUGAGCGACUAUCAUGAUGUGCGUACCUAUCAACAGGCCGCAGCCAAAUCGCUACAAAGAGCUAUUAAGGCUGGUUUUAAAUCGCCUUUGUUAUUGAUUCCCGAGAGUAAAAAAUUCAGAAAUGUUGAGUUGUGUACCGUUUUGGGUGCCUUGGAAGAACUCUAUGUUCCCAUUCAAUUGCGAGAGGAUGUACCAGACAAGCGUCAACGCAUCGAAAAUUUGUCUGUUCUCAUUUCAAAUCCUAAAGCAGAAGAAAUUGUGAAAGAAGCCUUGGUUUUGGAAUCUGGAAGAUUUGUCGCUCGUGAUAUCGGUGUUGGUGAUCCAGAACGUAUGGCUCCACCACGUGUUGAAGAAUAUGUAAACAAGUUGUUUGAUGGUCUCAAAGUGACGGUUAUUAGUGAUGUCAAUACCCUUACCAAGGAAUAUCCACUUUUCGCUGCCGUUAAUCGUGCUGCAAACUCUGUAAAACGCCAUCAAGGACGUAUUAUCUUCCUCGAAUAUGUACCACCACAACCGGCCAAGAAGACCCUGAUGUUGGUGGGUAAGGGUGUUACCUACGACACUGGCGGUGCUGACAUCAAAGCUGGUGGCAUUAUGGCUGGUAUGUCGCGCGAUAAGUGUGGUGCUGCAGCUGUUGCUGGUUUUAUGCAGAUUGUCAAGGAACAAAAACCAGCUGAUGUCCAUGUUAUUGCUGCUUUAUGCAUGGUGCGUAACUCGGUCGGUGAAGAAUGUUAUGUUUCCGAUGAGGUUAUCACCUCCAGGGCUGGAGUUCGUGUACGUGUUGGCAACACCGAUGCCGAAGGACGUAUGUGCAUGGCUGAUGCUUUGUGCCGCAUGAAGGAAAUUGCUGUUGCUGAAAAUUUGCCCGAUCCUCAUCUUUUCACCAUUGCUACAUUGACUGGCCAUGCUUUUGUGGCUGCUGGCGAAGGUUACUCCAUCAUUAUGGAUAAUAGUGUGGCCCGUGCUGCUGAUCAUGCCCGUAAAUUACAAGAUAUUGGCACUUCAUUUGGCGAACCUUUCGAAGUUUCCGUUAUACGUCAAGAUGAUUUCGAUUUUAAUACAGGCAAAGUUAUCGGCGAAGAUAUUUUGCAGUGUAAUAAUUUGCCAUCUUCUCGUACACCUCGUGGUCACCAAGUGCCGGCUGCCUUCCUUAUGCAAACCACUGGUUUGGAUAAACACGGCCUGGAGUCACAGAAACCAUUGAAAUAUACCCAUUUGGACAUUGCCGCCAGUGCUGGUGAGCAUCCAAAGAUGCCAACUGCUGCUCCAAUUAUUGCUUUGGCAAAGGCCCAUUUAUCUUAAAAAGAGUAACAUUACUGUUCUCAUUGAUCUAAAAUUAUAUGGUUUAUCUGCGAUUUUGGUGAAUUGAAUUGUAUGUUUUUGCUAUGCGCUUUUUAUAUUUUUUAAUUUAAGUAUUACUGUUUCAAACAACUAAAUAAAACACACAUCACUACAAACAAAUUAAAUUGGGUUUUAUUUGAA